AUGACCGUACAAGAAAAGGGUGCUUCUUGGUACGUACGUAGCUUAAUUUAUCUUGAGAUCUCAGAUCUUAUUCUGGAUAAGCUGUCUCCAACUGUGUUCUAUAAAAACUUGGCUUAUUUCAAUUCAUCAACACUUCUUCCGAACUUUGAUACUCUUAGAGACUUGCACAAUUCGGCCAACGACCUCCUCCAUUCACCGGAAAUCCAACAAGCUCUCGUUGAUCAACGACAAGAGAAAUUCGUUCAUCAAGUCUCGGAAUCAUCACUUAGAAUGCUCGAGGUUUGUGGGAUCUCAAGAGAUGUUCUUUUGGUUGUGAAAGACCAUCUCUUAGAUCUACAACUUACUCUACGUAGACUAAGCAUUGGUGAUCAGCCUCAUAACAAUAUCGUUGGGACCAAACUUGCAGCAUAUAAUUGCUAUAGAAAGAAAUUUAAGAAGGAGACUGUCAAGUGUUUGAGGUCACUGAAGGGAAUGAAGUGCAAUUCAGUAAUUUCAAAUAAUAAUGUAUCUGUUGUUGAUGAUAAUCUCAUUGUGGUUUUGGAUGUUUUGAAGGAAGCGAGGGUGACCACCAUAACUAUUGUGGAGUCUCUGUUAUCUCUUAUUUCUAUUCCAUGGUUGGAUCAGAAGAAAGGCUACUCUUUUAUUAGGUGCAAGUUCAUGAGGUCAAGUGGGCAGUGUUCGUAUGAUAAUAUAUGUGAUGAAACGGCACUUCAUAGUGCGCAUAAGAGAUUGGAGGCUGUGGAGAUUGCUAUUGAGGAUCUUGAAGUUGAGUUAGAGUGCAUGUUUAGGCGUUUGAUCCAAACUAGAGUUUCACUGCUCAACAUUCUUACAAAUUAGGACAUCUAACAACCCCUCAAGGC